UCUCGUGUUACGCAGCACGUUUGAGCUUCAUCAAGAACCAAUGAGGUUCAUUCUCGUGUUACGCAGCACGUUUGAGCUUCAACAAGAACCAAUGAGGUUCAUUCUCGUGUUACGCAGCACGUUUGAGCUUCAACAAGAACCAAUGAGGUUCAUUCUCGUGUUACGCAGCACGUUUGAGCUUCCUCAAGAACCAAUGAGGUUCAUUCUCGUGUUACGCAGCACGUUUGAGCUUCCUCAAAAACCAAUGAGGUUCAUUCUCGUGUUACGCAGCACGUUUGAGCUUCCUCAAAAACCAAUGAGGUUCAUUCUCGUGUUACGCAGCACGUUUGAGCUUCAACAAGAACCAAUGAGGUUCAUUCUCGUGUUACGCAGCACGUUUGAGCUUCCUCAAGAACCAAUGAGGUUCAUUCUGGUGUUACGCAGCACGUUUGAGCUUCAACAAGAACCAAUGAGGUUCAUUCUCGUGUUACGCAGCACGUUUGAGCUUCAACAAGAACCAAUGAGGUUCAUUCUGGUGUUACGCAGCACGUUUGAGCUUCAACAAGAACCAAUGAGGUUCAUUCUCGUGUUACGCAGCACGUUUGAGCUUCAACAAGAACCAAUGAGGUUCAUUCUCGUGUUACGCAGCACGUUUGAGCUUCCUCAAGAACCAAUGAGGUUCAUUCUCGUGUUACGCAGCACGUUUGAGCUUCAACAAGAACCAAUGAGGUUCAUUCUCGUGUUACGCAGCACGUUUGAGCUUCAACAAGAACCAAUGAGGUUCAUUCUCGUGUUACGCAGCACGUUUGAGCUUCCUCAAGAACCAAUGAGGUUCAUUCUCGUGUUACGCAGCACGUUUGAGCUUCAACAAGAACCAAUGAGGUUCAUUCUCGUGUUACGCAGCACGUUUGAGCUUCAGCAAGAACCAAUGAGGUUCAUUCUCGUGUUACGCAGCACGUUUGAGCUUCAGCAAGAACCAAUGAGGUUCAUUCUCGUGUUACGCAGCACGUUUGAGCUUCAGCAAGAACCAAUGAGGUUCAUUCUCGUGUUACGCAGCACGUUUGAGCUUCAACAAGAACCAAUGAGGUUCAUUCUCGUGUUACGCAGCACGUUUGAGCUUCAGCAAGAACCAAUGAGGUUCAUUCUCGUGUUACGCAGCACGUUUGAGCUUCAACAAGAACCAAUGAGGUUCAUUCUGGUGUUACGCAGCACGUUUGAGCUUCAACAAGAACCAAUGAGGUUCAUUCUCGUGUUACGCAGCACAUUUGAGCUUCAACAAGAACCAAUGAGGUUCAUUCUCGUGUUACGCAGCACGUUUGAGCUUCAACAAGAACCAAUGAGGUUCAUUCUCGUGUUACGCAGCACGUUUGAGCUUCCUCAAGAACCAAUGAGGUUCAUUCUCGUGUUACGCAGCACGUUUGAGCUUCAACAAGAACCAAUGAGGUUCAUUCUCGUGUUACGCAGCACGUUUGAGCUUCAACAAGAACCAAUGAGGUUCAUUCUCGUGUUACGCAGCACGUUUGAGCUUCAGCAAGAACCAAUGAGGUUCAUUCUCGUGUUACGCAGCACGUUUGAGCUUCAGCAAGAGGUUUGUUAUUGCACGUCAAGCAAGUACGGUGGAGCUUCUGUUUAUGUUUGCUGAUCCGUGUUUAUGUGAAUAAAAGCCUAAAAUUAAAUCUGUUCAUCAUAUAAAGCAAUUAUGUCUCGUCAGAAAAUAUGGACUAAACCACUCAAUUCAUAUGGGUUAGUUUUACAAUCUCUUUAUGAACUUUUUGAAGCAUCAAAGUGUCAGUUGCGUAGCUGUCAAUGGAGGGACAGAAAUCUCUCAGACUUCAUUACAAAUGUCUUCAUAUUUGUUUCGAAGAUGAAUGAGACACUGUUAGUUUGUACUGCUUUGUAAACUAAGGGGCUGUUCAUAUAGAACUGUACUACUUUAUCAUUGUUUUUCAAUGUAAACAUGCACUAGGCGGACUUUAAUGGUAUGACCUGUUUGGGGUUCCAUAGACCAUUGUGCUCGUGUCUUGCAUUCUGAAAACGCGGCGCUCGACGCAUCUCUACACCUUGUGCUUUUAUUUUAUUCCACUGACUUGCGUCUCGCGUUUUUAACAGCAAAACAUGUUCUGUGUUAACCAGGCCUAAGAUGUUGUAAUGUGAAGUUUUUCUGGCAUUCAAACAGUCUCAGUCAGUAGAUGAUGUUUAACUGAGCUGUGUGACUGACCGCUGUAUUUGUGUCCAGCUCUUGUGUAAACAUCAGGCCAAUAAUGACAGGACGGAAGACUUUGUGAUUAAGCUUUACUUUUAGAGUGGCAAUUAGCAUCAAAGACGUUCUUAUCUGUCGCUCCCCGGGCACAGAUUUACAUGCAGUGUGACAAUGUUCAACAUAAAAAUGAAAACAAAAUCCCAAUCGGUCCAAAACGCAGCAGGUCUUAAUGAAGCUGUGCUCGUGAUAGAGAGCAGCGCGUCGCGGUUCCCACAAAAGCUGAACGUACUGAAGGGUUUGUUGUCUUCUCUCAGGCUCAGCAGGAAGUGAGAUAACGUUAUCAGGCAUGAGAUUGGAGACUCCCUCUCAAGACAUUUCUUUGGAGGUUAAUUUGACAGAACAGUCACCUUACUGGAUGUAAACACACUGAGGCUACUAGUCAAAAAUCACUAACUAGAGCAAAACUUAAAAUUGCAACACCUGUCCAUCUGUUAGAAUCUGAAACAUAGGGGUUUUCUGACUCUUUUUCUUUAAUUUUAAUUAUUCUGACUCUUGAGUAUUAUUAGGUGCCAAACACCAAAGUUGCUAUGGCACCUAUUGUAUCCAUUAGUUUUCUUAUUAUUAUUCUUCUUCUGCUCUGGAAGUCUAUAGCAGCCCACAAAACCGUAAUGGUAAAAAGUUGUGAAAUUUGGCACACAGAUAGAGGACAGUCCCAAAAUUAACCACAGCAAAUUAGGACUCUCUAACUCAAUCCCUCUAGCGCCACCAACUGUCCAAAUUUGCACAUACGUUUAUGCUAAUAACUUUUGAACCUUAAGGGCUAGAAACAAAAUUCCCCUUUCCUCUGAUUCCUUGAUUCAAGACGAUUCAAUUCUGCUCCAAACUCCUUCUAGAUGGUUUGUCCAAUUUUCACGAAAAUUGAAUCAGAUCACCUUCAGACCAUGCUGGCAAAAAGCUUUGAUAAACCCAAUCGUUCUCAAAUAACACGCAAACAAAUUUGACGAAGAGCCCGCCAAAUUAGACACGAGGCCAUAUCUCUGCAUUUAGCGUAUUCAGACCAAACUUGGUACAUGUCAUCACAAGCAUGACAAGAGGCGACAUGCAGCGUUUCGGCACAGCGCCGCCUACUGGUCAGGAGAUAUGAAAAAUGGCUAUUAUUGCUUAUAACUUCUGAAUGGUUUGGCGAAAAAUCUUAAAACUCUCUUCACUCUUCUAAUUCAGUGCCACAUACAGAGUCGAAUGAUACCCAGUUUUCCUUUAUCGGCCAUUCUGGGCAUCGGCCAUUUUGAAUUUUGCUCUAAAAUGCUGUAUUUUAUGAACACACUGGCGUAUCAUUAUGAAACUCUUGUGUCAUCAGGACCAUGCCCUGAAGGAUCUCAGAAAGUGUUGGAACAGUGCCACCUUCUGGUCAAAAUUUAUAAUGAAAAUUAAAAAAAAAAAAUGCUAAUAGCUUUUAUACCAAUGAACAAUUAAACCAUAUUGGGUCGAACUUGUGCGCCAUUUUGAAUUUUUUUUAAAAACUUACUUUUUCUAACUCCUCCAAGACCGUUGGUCCGAUUUUCACCAAAAUUGGCUCAGAUCAUCUUCAGACAAUGCAGACAAAAUGUUAUCAAAAGCUUUCCAAUAGACCAAACCGUUUUUGAAUAAUGCAUCAACUAAUUUGUUGGCAUGAUGCCAAACUGAUUCUGAGGCUGUAACUCAUCAACACUUUGGUAUAUUGACACCAAACUUUUUAUGUUGCAUUGUUACCCCACACUGACCACACCAUAAUAAUAAUAAUAAUAAUAAUAAUAAUAAUAUGAUAACAGCACCACCUAUUGGUCAAAAGUGACAAGCAAGUUAAUCAUUUCACAUUGAUUUUAUUUGUAAGCAAUUCACAUAUACUACCAUUAAAAAAAAAAAGAGAUAUAUAGGAGAAGCCUUAAAGGGUUAGUUCACCCAAAAAAUGAAAAUUAUAUCAUUAAUUAUUCACCCUCAUGUCGUUCCACACCCGUAAGACCUUUGUUGAUCUUCUGAACACAAAUUGAGAUAUUUUUGAUCAAAUCCGAUGGCUCA